AUGCCGUCGAAAUGGGACUCAAAAGCGUUGACUAAAAGUUGUAUGACAACUGAUCCAAACUCUUUGGCGGCCAACGAUUGUCUCAUCGCUCACCGGUUGUUCACUCAGACCACUGUAUCUGUGUUUCUGUCACUUCUUCAGGUGAUGUUUCGGAACCAAUACGACAACGACGUGACCACGUGGUCACCGCAGGGGCGCCUCCAUCAGGUGGAGUACGCCAUGGAAGCGGUCAAACAGGGGUCGGCCACCGUUGGCCUCAAGAAUAAGGACACGUUUGCGGUGCUGUUGGCUCUGAAGAGGAGUACAUCGGAGCUGAGCGCCCAUCAGAAGAAGAUAACGCCACUCGACUCGCACGUAGGGAUGGCUAUCGCGGGUCUGACGGCCGACGCCCGCAUGUUAUCGCGAUAUAUGCGAAACGAGUGCACAAACCAACGCUUCGCUCACAACGAAGCGCUUCCAGUGAACCGAUUGGUCACUAAUCUCGGCAACAAAAUGCAGAGUUCGACCCAACGCUACGACCGGCGGCCCUACGGCGUGGGCCUCUUGAUCGCCGGCUACGACCAGUUGGGUCCGCACGUCUACCAGACCUGUCCGUCGGCCAACUAUUUCGACUGCAAGGCUAUGUCUAUCGGCGCACGCUCUCAGUCUGCGCGCACUUAUCUGGAGAAGCAUUUGGACGACUUUGCCGACGCAGACCUCAAGGCGCUCGUCAGACACGGACUCCUGGCGCUCAGGGAAUGCCUGCCGAAUGAUAUGGAAUUGAAUACUAAGAACGUGUCGAUCGCUAUCGUGGGAAAGGGUCACCCGUUUGCCGUUCACGACGACCAGAAAGUGGAGCAGUAUUUGGCGCUCAUUACCGAAGCCGAGCGAAAGGGUCGCGGAGGAGGCGUCGCUGAGGCCAUGGAGGUCAGGGAGGAGGUCGCACCACGGGAUCCAGAAGUUGCCGGCCCUGUGGUGGUGGACGAACACAUGAAUGUCGACUGA